UUAAUCUAAUGACCUCUCCUAAUGCUCCAUGCACACCCCAGGGGCCCCCAGCAGUGUCAGUUUUUAAUGAUGACUUACAUCCUGAACUUGUUCAUCAGGGUUGGAGAAAAUUUUGGUCUAAACGCGAAAAUCGACCUUAUUUUUGGAAUAAAUUAACUGGUGAAAGUUUAUGGGUAAUAAAAGCACAGUUCGAUCCUAUAACAGACCCUCUAGGCAUAUGCCAUGCUGGACCUCAACCAGUUACAACUUCACCCAUGGGUCUAAAACGCAGAGCUUCUGAGGAUGGUGGACCAAUAGCCAAAAUUAUUUUACCGGGGCCAUGGGAUUUAGAGAUCCCAACAAAUGUUAUAAUUUAUGAACGCGCUCCAACUAUUGCUCCACAUCCACAUCCAGAAAUUGAGGGUUACCGAUGCGGUUUGACAUCAAAGCUGAGACAAUGUUAUCAGGAACUUUGCCAGUCAAGAGAAGGAAUAAAUGCACCAAAAGACUCUUUUAAUCGAUGGUUGAUGGAACGAAAAGUAAUUGAUCGUGGUACAGAUCCUUUGCUACCAAGUAACUGCUGCCCAGAACUGUCCAUGUCUAUGUUUCGAGAAAUUAUGAAUGACAUACCUAUUAAAUUAAUAAAGCCUAAAUAUACUGGAGAUGCUAGAAAGCAACUUUCUAGAUAUGCAGAAGCCGCAAAAAAGAUGAUAGAAUCACGCAAUGCUUCACCUGAAAGUCGAAAGGUAGUUAAAUGGAAUGUAGAAGAUACAUUUCAAUGGUUGCGAAGAACUGUUGGUGCCACACAUGAUGAUUUUCAGGAUAGACUUUCUCACUUAAAGAGACAAUGUCAACCACAUUUGACAGAAACAGUUAAGGUUUCUGUUGAAGGAGUUUGUUUGAAGAUCUACCAUCUAUCUGCUGAACAUGCGAGAAAAGUGAAAGAUAAACAUAGUGCACUGCUGAAAGAACAAGGCAUAGAAGAGUUAAGUGCUCCAAUACAACAAUCAGCAUUGCGAAAAGUAUGGUGUUAUCCCAUACAGUUUGCAAUACCUGCUACAAGAAUGCCAAUUGUAGACUAUAUGCCAGAUAAUAGAUCUCCGGACCAUACAUUAGUAACAUAUCAUAAAGAUACAGUUGCAAUAAAUACUACACACUUGACAAAAUUGGAGCAUCUGUACAGAUACAGUUGUUUUGAUGAUAAAAAAUUUGAACUAUUCAUUCCUCGAGUUUGGUGUCUGCUUAAAAGGUACAAUACCUUUCUGGGGGCAUAUCCCGAUUUAAGAAAUGGAGCUAGUCCUUCUGUUGAAGGUCAACUUACACAAGCAUCACUUCCCGUCACUGUCUUUGAAUGUUUGAACAAAAUGUUUGGUAUUACUUUUGAAUGUUUUGCAAGUCCUUUGAAUUGUUAUUUUCGACAAUAUUGCAGCGCAUUUUCUGAUACAGAUUCAUAUUUUGGAUCAAGAGGGCCUUUUCUGGACUUUAAGCCUGUGUCAGGGUCUUUCCAAGCAAAUCCACCAUUUUCAGAAGAAUUAUUAGAUGCAACUGUGCAUCAUAUGGAAAGGCUUCUGUCUGAUUCUCCAGAACCUUUAAGUUUCAUUGUUUUUCUUCCUGAGUGGAGGGAACCACCCUUAAAUUCUUUAAUGAAACUUGAAGCCAGCCACUUCAAACGGAAACAAGUAGUGGUGCCUGCAUGUGAACAUGAAUAUCGGCAUGGAUACCAACACCUUUUACCCAAGACGGAUAUAAAUGUGCGUUCUGUUCAUGGAACCUUGGUAGUAUGGCUACAAAAUAAUGCAGGAUACACGCGCUGGGGCCCUACAGAAGAGCGUGUCGAAGCACUUCUAGAAGCCUUUCGGCCAGGGAGAGAACGCGAACGAGAUAAACAAGAACUUCUAUCUCCUCAACGAGUUGUGGAACCAGAAAUGUUGAAACCCUCAAUAGCUACAGCGACUACGACCGCAAUUGUUAUACCGUGA